AUGCCUCUAGCCUACGACGAGGAGAAGAAGCUCGACCGCGUGGCGUCGCGGCCCGCCGACUCGGGCUCCGAGUCCGUGGGCAGCGGCGGCUCCGGCAUGCUGGACAGGCUGCUGUCGCUCGAGGCGACCUUGGACUCCAAGCUGGGCAUUGAGUCGCAGGCCGUUCAGCGCAUGCGGCCCGAGGACAAGCGGCCGCAGUCGUGGCACGAGCAGGCGACCAUGGCCCUGCUGUGGGCCGGCGCGACUAUGAACGUCUCGUGCCUGUCCACCGGGUUCCUGGGGUGGGAGUUUGGCCUUGACCUGAGUCAGACCAUCCCCAUCACCAUCUUCGGCACCCUGCUGGGCGCCUCGGUCGCCGGCUGGUGCGCAACCCUCGGGCCCGGCACGGGCCUGCGGCAGAUGUCCAUCGCCCGGUACAGCUUCGGAUGGUACCCGUCCAAGAUCUUGGCGGCCCUGAAUGUCAUCUCGCAGAUCGGGUGGAGCGCCGUCGGCUCCAUCACGGCCGGCUCCGCGCUGUCGGCCGUGUCGGACGGCAAGCUGAGCUCCAUCGUCGGAAUCGUCAUCAUCGCCGUCUGCAGCUCCGCACUGAACUUCUGCGGCCUCCGUGCAAUUCUCGAGUACCAGAAGUACGCCUGGGCCGUCUUUUUUGUGCUGUUCAUGAUCAUGUACGGCGAGAUGGCGCCGCGCUCCGACAUCGCCGCCAAGAGCACCCUGACCGGAAACGACAAGGCCGGCGCCGUGUUGUCGCUGCUGGCCAUUGUCUACGGCUCGUCCGUCUCGUGGGCCACUAUCGCUGCAGACUACUACGUCCAGCACCCGAUCAACACCUCCAAGGUCAAGGUCUUCACGCUCACCACGAUGGGUAUCGGCAUCUCCACCUGUAUCGGCAUGGUGCUCGGCUGCUGCGUGGGCUCCGCCAUGGGCGCCGACCAGGAGCUGGCGGACGUCUACGAGGAGCAGGGUGUUGGCUUCCUGAUUCAGACGAUGUUGUUCCCCCGCGGCUUCGCCAAGUUUGUGCUCGUCGUGCUGGUCCUCGCGGGUAUCGGGAUGAACUGUAUCAAUCUGUACUCGUCAGCCCUGUCGGUCCAGCAGUUUGCACGCCCGCUCGCCCGCAUCCCUCGUUUUGUCUGGACCAUUGUGCUCUUUGGCAUCACCCUGGGCAUCGCCGCCGGCGGUAGGGAGAGCCUCAACACCUAUCUGCAGAACUUCCUCUCCCUGCUUGGCUACUGGGCCACCUCGUUCUUUGUCAUCCUCUGGUGCGAGCAUUACAUGUUCCGCAAGGGCAGCUGCGACAACUACGACCUCGAGGCCUGGAACGACCCUUCGAAGCUUCCCUUGGGUCUGGCCGCACUGGUGGCUUUCCUAAUCGGCGUUGUCGGUUGGGUCCUCGGCAUGGUUCAGACCUGGUUUACGGGUCCGAUUGGCCAGCUGCUGGGGAGCGCCGGUGGAGAUCUGGCGAACGAGCUGACCUUCGUGUUGACCUUGGUCUUCUUCGUUCCUCUGAGGUGGCUAGAGCUAAAGUACAUUGGUCGGUAA